AUGUGUAAUCGCACACCGAUCCAAGGGGUAGACGAGGGCGGGGCAUUUCCCGGGAAUCCCCACAAGUGCCGUCCGACGCGAACUCAGUCGACGUGUAGGGCAAUCCGAGGGCUCGUUAUUAAAUCUCGGGAAGCGAUUAUAAAGAAGCAAAACGGGUCGUGCAAGGACGGCGCUGUGGAGGGCAACGCUCCCGACGCAAUGGUAAUUUUGGAGGAGCGGCAAAUACCGCGCGCUCCUGCCGACCGGACGGUCAAUCAUUUGCACUGCAAGAACCGCGCCCUGAGGCACGCCACCGUGGCGUUUAGUUAUUACCCCGUCCCGCGCCCUAUUACGUUGCGGCCCGGACAAAAUACGCCGCGGCGGCCGUACGCGCGUAUCAUUACACCAGCUCGGGUCAGCGAUCAUUGGCGGAUCGCGAGCGGUAUCAAUGAUAUAACGUACCGGAGGCGUAUCGCUGCACCGCGCCGUGGUGGCGGGCGUCCGUUUACUCAUUCAAUCAGGCGGACAGGGCUUGAUCUGCUGGAAUUGCGCCUCGCGGUGACGGGGCUCGCGAAAACUGGGGCGAGCUACGUCGGCGUCGAAUUAGAGGCGACGAUACGCGCUUUGGGCUGCGGGCUGGCUGUCGGCUGUAUGUGGAUAGCGCAGGGCACGCGACGGCCGCAGAUUGAGACGAUUGAAAGCGGUCUGUUGUUACGGCGAACGGUGCCGCUCUUGCCCCGCCGGAUGACGAGAGCAUUCGCAACGCCGACAAAGGGAGGUAUCGCGGUGUAUACGAACGAGCGCAGCCCUAUGUCGCAACGUCCCAUGCGGCCGGAAAGAGUUAGGCAUAGCGACGCGUAUUUAAUAACGGCCUCGGUCCCGGCCCGGAAGCAUGUGGGCCGACUGCAGCAUUACAGCCACCGUUGGGCCACCGCGUCCGCUAAUCGGCGUCGGCAACCGAAUGGCGACGGGCGGCAACCGAUUGGCAACUGGCGGCAACCGACGGCGACCGACCGCGCGGCUCUAGUCCCUCUGGAUCCCUUUCGCUUUUCCCGGAUGAACGCCGCGAGCUCGCCUGCGGCCUGCCGCCAAUUUUGGCAUCUGAACGGCUUACGAACGGAUAACGUAACAGCUCCUGCAAGUGGGGACGGACCGGAAACUAACAGGAGAACGGCGCUAAGUAUA